AUGAUGAUAGCUGGAAAGCUAAGCACGAAGACUAUCGACAAGAUGCUGAAGGAAAGUGUUGGUAUUAAGGAUGAGACAAAGGCUUCGUUGAAGUCCAAUUACCAUCUACGGCAGAUGCUCGAUCGAAUGGAGGACGGACUCGGGGCUAGCUCCUGUCGGGAAAGCCAGUUGGACAAUAUGGUUUGGAAUGCGCAGCAUACCAAAGAGCCGAUCGAAUUCUGGCACCGUGACAUUAUCGAGUGCGGGAAAUGGCUUCUGCAACAGCGAGCCUAUACGCAGUAUCUUUCCUACGCUCCUGAGAAGCGGUUUGAAGAUGACGGAAACCGCGUCUACAGUGAGAUGUACACUGCAGACUGGUGGUGGGAACGACAGAGUUCUCUAGACGCCGGCGAUACCAUGGUACCGAUGAUAUUUGUGUCUGAUGUGACGCAUCUAACCAACUUCUCCGGUGAUAAGAAAGCGUGGACAGUAUACAUGACGAUCGGAAACCUACCCGCCACCGUCAGAAUGGCACCGAGCCAACACGGUAUCCUAUUAGUCGCUCUCCUCCCAAUUCCGGUUAAGAUGCGCGAUGUCCGCAUCGCCGAAUACAAUACCCAGAAGGAGUACAAUCGGAUGAUACAGCAACACAUCUUACACCACGUCCUCCGGCCGCUAAUUGAUGCGAACCGCCACAUGUCCUGCGCACAAUGCGCUGAUGGCUACUUCAGGCACUCUGUUGCAUCGCCCGCCGCCUGGAUUGCCGACUAUCCGGAGCAUCGAGACCUUCACAACAUCAGCAACGGCUAUUGCUACUACAAUACGGAUACCCGGGCGUCAAGGGAAUGUCUCACAUGUCACAACGUCCAUCACGGUCCCAAUGUGCUAUGGGAUCUCGACUGCGUGGUUAACCACCUCCCGAAACCCGACUUGCUGCACACGAUGCAACCGGGGAUGUUGAAACACCUCCUCGGAUGGUUGCAGGACUUCCUCAAGCAGCAUAAACGUCUCGAACUGUUUAACAUCAUUUGGCUAUCAGUACCGCCAUAUCUCGAUAUGGCGCAACCCCAGAAGGCGUAUGAGGAAGUUUCGAACUGGCAGGGAAAGGAGAUCAAACCGAGCUCCCAUGAAGGGUUGAAGGAGCGGAAGAGGUGGGGGCAUGGAAGAGUCGUGGAACGGGAUGUUGAGGUUCCGGCGGCGCCGUAG